GAAAUAAUAAAUGGAAAUAAAGAAAACUUCAAAGAAAAUAAAUACAUUAGCGAAGAUGAAUUUGAUGAUCAAAGUGGAAAAACAAUGAAACAAAAUCCUAAAAAGAGAAAAAGGAUUGUUUUUUUAGAUGAUAGGGAAAUUUCUGAAGAUGAUUAUAAACCAGCUACAGAAGAUGAAGAUUAUUUCACAUCACCAUUCUUUAAUACAACAAAGAAAUCUAAUAAAUGUUAUGUUAAGCAACCACAGAGGAAAAAAUCCACCAAGGAUAUAUUGCUAGAUGAAUUAUAUUUAGGAGAUACUGGUAGAGCAUCAUAUACAAAAUCUUGGGCCCAUCUAAAAUAUGAUUUUUUACAACCAGAUAAAAUUAAAGAUAAAAAUCAACGUUUACCAAGCCAUCCAAAUUAUGAUCCUUCAACUUUGUAUAUUCCACCACAAUUUCUAGAUUCACAAACACCAUUUAUGCAUCAGUGGUGGCUUUUAAAAGCCAAUCAUUAUGAUUGUGUAUUGUUCUUUAGAUUUGGAAAUUUUUAUCAACUAUUUCACAUGGAUGGCGUGAUUGGUGCUAAUGAAUUAAAUUUGACUUUAAUAGAUGUCCUUAAGAAAGGUUUUGCUCAUACAGCUUGUUCAGCAAUGUCUUAUGGUAGAAUGGCUGGUAUUCUUCUCGAAAGAGGCUACAAAGUGGCUAGAAUAGAGCAAACAGAAACUCAAGAAAAAGCAAAUCAACGGAUAGCUGGAGCACAACAAUUAGCAAAGCUAGACAAACUUAUCAGGCGAGAGGUUUGUCAAAUUACUUCUAGAGGAACUAAGGUUUAUCAUACUUUAGAUACAGAAGAAUUGGAAGCAACAUCUCCAGAUUCAGUUUAUUUAUUAUCUAUUGUUGAAAAAUGUAAACUUAAUGAAAAUAUAUCAACUUUCGGAGUUUGCUUUAUUGACACAACAAUAGGCCACUUCAACAUAGGUCAGUUUGAAGAUGACCAUUGUAAUUCAAAAUUAUCCACUAUGCUUACUCACUAUCCUCCUGCUCAUAUUAUCCAUGAAUGCAAUAAUUUAACAGCAAGUACAUUGCAGCUAUUAAAGCGAUAUACACGUGGUGUUAGAAUGGAGGCAUUGGAAAGAGAGACACAAUUCUGGUCAACUAAGAAAGUCUUAAAAUAUAUCCAAGACAAUGAAAUUUCAAAGAGCAGAGAACAGUCAGAAUCAGUUUGGCCCAAAAGUUUAAUUUCUUUCUUGACUAAAUUUGCAAAAGAAAGGGAGUUAGCAAUUCAUGCAUUAGGUGGAUGUGUAUAUUUGUUGAAAAAGUACUUGAUUGAUCAACAGUUACUUUCUCAAGGUGUAUUUCGAACAUAUGCGCCUUCAAACUCCGUUGAUGGAGGAAGCUUUCAGUCCAAAUUAACUAGUAUCAUGGUCUUGGAUGCAAUGACUAUGAAAAAUUUAAAAGUUUUGGAUUUAGAAGGGUCUCUCUUUGAAGUUUUAGAUUAUUGUUGUACACCAUUUGGUAAACGAUUAUUGAGAAGUUGGGUAUGCAGACCACUAGCUUGUAAAUCGAUAAUAAUUAAAAGGCAAAAGGCUAUAGCAGAGUUACUGAAAAAUCACAACAUUGUUCGAGAAGUUCGCAGCAAACUGAAAAAAUUACCGGAUUUAGAACGAAUGUUGAGCAAAAUCCAUGCCCAGGGAAAUGAAAUGAAAACUAAAUAUCAUCCUGAUGGGCGUGCAGUGAUAUUUGACAAAGAGAAAUUCAUUAAAAGAACAGUUACAGAUUUCACAACAACUUUAGAUGCCUUUAGAGAAGUUUUAGAUAUUAUCGAUAAUUUUUCAGAAUUCCAAAGUGCUUUGAUCAGCGACUGCACCAAAGUUGAGCCUCAGGGCAAUUUUCCGGACUUGAAGGAGACUCUUGCUCAUUUCAGGAACGCUUUUAAUUACGAGGAAACCAAGAAAAUAGGUCUUAUUAUUCCAAAACGUGGCGUUGACAGAAAUUACGACAUGAUUGAGCUGGAAUUGGCUCAAAUAAGACGAGAAUUAUACGAGUAUUUAGGUGCGCAGAAGAAAGUUUUUGGACUAGCUCUCGAAUUUGUUGGGACUGGAACGAAGAGGUUUCAAAUAGAAAUUCCAGAAAGUCAUGUGCACAAAGUAGCUAUGGAUUACGAUCUGCAGGGCUCAAGGAAAGGUUUUAAAAGAUAUUACACUCCCAAAACUCGAGAGCUGCUUGCCAAACAAAUUGCUGUCGAAAAACGCAAAGAGCAACUAAUGGAAGAUAUCAAUAGAAAGGUUUUUGCCAAGUUUAGCUUUCACUUUGAGAAAUGGAGUAAAGCCACGUAUAACAUUGCCGUUCUCGAUUGUUUGAUAUCCCUUGUCAAGUACGCUCAAACUUGCAAAAGAUGUUGUGUCCCACAGAUUUAUGAUCAUACUGUAAAGCAAGAGAUUUUUAUCGAAGUCAAAAAUGGCGUACAUCCUUGCGUCUACUCUGAGAGCUAUGUACCCAACGACAUCUUCAUCGGGAUUGGUGGGGCAGCGCCGUUAGUGAUUUUGACUGGUCCCAAUAUGGGAGGUAAAACAACGCUUAUGCGACAAAUUGGACUGUUCACAAUAAUGGCACAAAUUGGAUGCCAUGUCCCUGCUGCUAGCUAUAGACUGUCGCUCACCGAUUGUAUUUUCACUCGACUUGGAGCAAGCGAUGACAUUAUAGGAGGUAAAAGUACAUUUUUAGUUGAGCUUACAGAAACGUCUGUUAUACUUAAGCAAGCCACACGGCAUUCUCUGGUUCUGUUGGAUGAAUUAGGUCGCGGCACGACGACAUACGACGGAAUAGCUAUCGCCGCAUCCGUAGUGGAAGCUCUUGUAAAAAGACAGUGUAGAACACUAUUUUCCACACACUAUCACUCAUUAGUGCACGAUUAUAAGGAGAAUAGCAACGUAACUCUUGCACAUAUGGCAUACGUGGUGGAAAAUAAUAACGAAAUUGAUGUUAACGAAACAAAUGUGACUUUCUUGUAUAAAUUAACGGUAGGUGCUUGCCUUAAGUCUUACGGAUUUAAUGUUGCCAGAUUAGCGGGUGUGCCUUUCCACAUCACCAAUAGAGCUCUCGAAAUCGCAACGACAUUGGAAAACGAAGUAAAUCUACGACAUACUUUCACGACUUUGUGCCGCCUAGAAAACAAAACCAUGAAGUCGUCAAUUCAAGAAACCCGUACAAUUUUUUCCAGUAUAUAAGUAUGCAUGCGAUUUCGUACGAUCAAUUUCUAAUUCUAGGUCACUUAGCUAUUAUUCUAUCGUUUGUUUAUAAAUUUUUAUUUUUCUAAUUUUUCACAAAUAAAUCUUUUGAAAAAGAAAUGAA